AUGUUACGAUUGAGUCGUAAUCUCUCGCUUUCUUUUCGUUUCGCCAGAGUAUCAACAGAUACAGACGGAAAUCUUGAUGAACUGAACGAGCAAUACAAGAAGUUCACUGGCGCCCAGUCCUUUUCGAGCAAGAUAAGCCCCUCAAAGAAAGCGAAAGAAUACCGCCAACAAAAGAAGGAAUUCGAGAAGUUUUACUUUAAAAAGACUUCCAAGGAUUUCCUAAUGCAUCAAGCAGCUCAUAAGUUCCACGAUUUUACAUACGAGCAUUCCGCUUCGUGGCUGAUCAAAAAUUACGGGCUGCCAGGGGAUGUAAUUGAAAUGGGAGUUAUAAGAACACCACGGGGGUUGGAGAAGACGCGCACGGGCUGGUCCGAUCCAAUGAUGCCAAUCCGCGCCAAUGCGAAAGUAAACACACAAAAACUACAAAUUAGGGUCCUCGCCGCCGCGCUCAACGUGGAAGACCUGCAUGUUGCACGGGGAUGGUGUGCCUUUCACAAUCACUUCAGAGCAGACCCGAUCGCCUUCGCUUCAAAAAUCAUUCGGAGAUGGAGUCAAGGAAGACCAGACGACGCGAUUGUCACGACAAAUGCGAACAUGUCCGCCAAUGCGACGGAAUUUCCGAUUGUGCUGGGAAGAGAGUUUUGUGGGGAAGUACUCGACUGUGCUAGUGACAUGAUGUACGAGUUUCCUCCUGGUUCGAAAGUUGUUGGAUAUUUAAAGCCUUGGCAAAGUGGGGCCUUAUCGGAAUGCAUCGUUGCGAAAGCUUAUCACUGCGGUCCUCUUCCUUCAAAUCUUUCUCCAAUUGAAGGAGCUGGAGUUGCAUUUGGUGCAAAUUACAUCAUGAACGCACUAAUUGGGCUGCAAGAUGAUCGCAAUCCAUACUUGAAUUUGCGAAGAAUCUCACAAGAACGCUCUUUUGCGAAAGCGGCUGACUAUGCCGGGAAGAAUGUGCUUGUUCUUGGCAUCGGAGGUUUAGGAUCAAUGUGUGCCCAAAUUCUCCGAUGCCUGGGGGCGAAUGUGACGAUAAUUUGCUCUGAAGAAGCCUCUUUAUUGGCCGAAGAGCUCGGCUUUGAAAGCGUGUUCAAUUAUGAAAAAUAUGAAGAAAAGGAUGAAAUGCUCGACGACAUCAUGGAAUCGCUCGACUUUGAAAAGUUCUUCGCCGCAGUGGAUUGUUCUCGCGGUGGCUCGGUCGAGAAUAAUUUUGAAAUCAUCGGUCCAAUGAUGAGCAGAAACGACUCAAUCGUCAUCUCCCUCAAUUCACCAGAAACUGCCGUCAAAGAUUCUUUGAACCUAAUUCAAUCAUUCGGCUGGCGUUCUACAAUGCGCUCGAUCGAGAAGGAAAUGGAAAAGCAUCUGGUUCAUUACGCGGGGAAAUCUGACUCGGGCAAGCGCGGUCUGCGGUUCCGCUUCUCCACCGUGAUGGUUGACCAUCGAAACUUACUUCAAGUUCUCGACUGGUUGGAAGAAGGCAAAAUUAGACCCUGUGUGGAUUCUGUUUAUGAUUUUGAAAAUAUUCCUGACGCGAUCGAAAGAAUAACUGAGGGGCGAUUACGUGGCAAAAUAAUCGUCAAUUUAGCUGGCGAAGAAUCAUUUGAAAACACUUGCGGUUCUGGCCUUUAUUUCAAAACAGAAAUGGCGGAAGUGAACAAGCAGACGACAGGUGGCACUGGUUUUGGUGAUGACAACAGAAAGCGCAAGGCAGACGAUUCGGCUCAAAUGCAAACUGACAGUGCUGAGCGACCCUACCUACCACCGAUCGCUGCUGCAGCGGAUCAAAAAGUUGGUGGAAAGAGGCGGUCUCUCGAUGUCAGAAAAGUGCCCAUCCCUCCCAACAGACUGACGCCGUUGAAAGAAGCCUGGCAGAAGCUCUUUGAGCCGAUUGUAAAGCAGCUCAAGCUGGAGAUCAGGUUCAACGCGAAAAAGAAGCAAGUGGAACUUCGCGCUGGCAAAGCCACAACGGAUAUCGGCGCGCUCCAAAAGGGUGUCGACUUCGUGACCGCGUUCACGUACGGUUUUGACAUUGACGAUGCCUUGGCGCUUGUCCGACUCGACGAGCUCUUCCUCGAAACCUUCCAAGUUGAAGAUGUCAAACAGACGCUGAAGGGCGACCAUCUCGGUCGAGCAAUCGGCCGAAUUAGCGGAACUGGCGGCCGAACAAAAUACACAGUUGAAAAUGUUACCAAAACGCGAAUUGUGGUCGCCGAUAAGAAAAUUCAUAUCUUGGGCAGCUUCCAAAACAUUCAGGUGGCGAGAAGAACUAUUUGCGCGUUGAUUCUUGGCUCUCCUCCGGCAAAGGUCUAUGGAAAUAUGCGAAACGCAGCGGCGAGAAUGGGCGAACGAAUGUACAAAGGAGCGAUUCUAGCGCCGAUGGUGCGCAUCGGCACCCUUCCAACGCGGCUCCUUUGUCUGGAAGAAGGCGCCGAUCUCGUGUACACAGAAGAAAUAAUCGACCAUCGACUGAUGGAUUGUCAAAAGUUUGAGCAUGGUAAAAAUGGGCUUGUGGAAUUCAAGCUCACGGCAGAAGAUAAUCCCGUUCUGCAAACCUGCGCGCUCGAAAAAGAAAAGGUGAUUCUGCAGCUGGGCACGGCUGAUCCAGAACGCGCGGUGAAGGCGGCGAAGCUAUGUGAAGAGCACAUUUCCGGUGUUGAUGUGAACAUGGGCUGUCCAAAAGAUUACUCGACCAAAGGUGGAAUGGGCGCGGCAAUGUUGAAAACGCCUGAUUUGGCGGAAAGCAUCCUCACGGCGCUUGUCAAGAACCUCAAGAUUCCAGUCACAUGUAAAAUUAGGUGCUUGAAGACGGUGGAGAAAACAGUCGAGUUCGCAAAACGAAUGGAAAAGACAGGAAUAGCAGCGCUGGCUAUUCACGGGAGGCAGAAGACAGAAAGAUCAAGAGACCCUUGCCGGUCACCUUGGAUCGCUCAAGUGGCCAAAUCGCUUUCGAUUCCUGUUUUGGCAAACGGUGGAAGUGGCGAAAUCAAGUCCAGAGAAGACAUCAAAAAGUUUCAAGAAAAGACUGGAACUGCUGGCGUCCUCGUCGCGCGAGCAGCAAUGUGGAAUCCCUCCGUGUUCAAUAAAGCAGGCCCUCGUCACGUUUUCGAAGUAGUGAAGCGCUACUGCGAAUUAUGCCUCAAAUAUGACUUUGCACUUGAAAUUAUGAAGUACAACGUGCUGAGCAUGCUUAGAGAUCUUCAGGACAAAGAUCCAAGAGGCUUAGCAACGAAACCAGCUCUAUCCUCGAAAGAAAUCGCAGAGUGCUGGGGCGUGGUCGUUGAGGAUGAGGAGGAACCAAACGCGAAAAAGCAAAAAUUAGAAGUGGAGAACUAUCCAUACGUUCACAAUCAUUUUAAAAAGCUCAAGAUAUGGCCAAGGAUUACAAAACUACCAGCAAAAAGACAUUUGCCUAUAGAUAAUUAG